GCACGUGUAGAUUGAUAUGCACGAGGCCACAUAAAGAUUUGGUAUUGCAUAAAUGUGUGAAUGAAGGUAGUUAAUGGUAGGAAGAGGAAACUGAAUCUAGCGACGGAUAUCAUUAUACUUUUAUUUAUUUUAUUUUAUUCUAUUUUAUUAACACGUUAACUACUUCGGCGAACAUUGAGGGCGCACGUUUUAAUACAUUUCUUAGAAUGAUUUCAUAAGAUAAAAUCAAAGAACUGAAAGAUUAUCAACAAUGUGAAUGAUUUAGAUAACAUUGUCAGAGAAAAGUGUGCAAAUACAAUAUAACAUUUUGCAUAAAUUAUAUGUUAUGGUGCAAUAUAUUUUAAUCUAUUGCGUAUACUAGCGCAAAACAUAUGAAAAUUGCGUGGUAGCACUAUUUUACUAUUACACAAAACUUUUACGUAUUUUACGGAAAAAGGUACAUGAUCUCUGUCAUCUUACUUACACGUACAUAUAUAUCAUAAAUGAUAAAAUGAUAAUAGGGCAUUAAUUGUAUUGACUAUUUUGUAUUGUGUCGAUCAUUUUUUGUAUGUUAUUUCUUUGAAUAUUGCUUUUGAGUCGCUAUAAUUAUAGUUAAUCGUUAUAGUUUUACUGUUUCAGAAGUUUAAACGCUUGAAAAAUGGUAGCGUAAAUUUAUCAAUGCUACCAUCCAUUUGGAAAGAAAUCUAAUAAUGCCAUAAUCUAAAUUACUUUUAAUUUUGCAACAUUUUCUUUGUUAAAUUGGAAUUUAUAUUGCGCCCUUGUCAAAUUAAACAUUAUAUAAUUUACAAUUUGCUGUUAUUUGUGCAAUUUAAGAAUGCGGUAGUAAAAAAAUAAUUGGUAUUACGCGAUACGCAGUGAUAUAUAGAGAUCUAGUAUAAUCAUCAACUUCACACUAAUAUCAGCAGUGUUAACAGCGCGUGUUGUCUUUAGCUGAUGGUUAUUGUUAGUUUUCAAUAUUUAAAAUUGCGAAAUGUUCUUACACCACUGUUUCCCAUCUUAGGUUCUUUUAUAUACGUAAUCCUUUCUGAAUCUUAUAAAUCAUAGUUUAAUACCGCACUGAAAUUUCAUUUCAAUUUGAACUUAUCAAUCCCUUUGAAGGAAAAGAGAAACAGAAUCUCGGCAAUCAGUGAGUAAUAGAUGCGAGAAGAAUGUCGAGCGAGAAACGGUGAUAAGUAGCAAAAUCACGGCACUACUGAUAAUUACGUUUCUGUGCCACUUUAUGACACUUGCGAAUUUAGCAGAAGAACCGUGGAUUAUUCGACUGUUAUAUUCAUAAUGGAUUUUAAAUAAAUGCUGAUGGUAAAAAGUGUCGUUUGGUGCCAAUAUCCAAAUAUAUAUACAUAUGCUUAUACAUGUAUACGUAUACAUAUAUAGAUCUGAGGAAUCUUAUGUACUGUAGGGUCCGUGAAAAUAAUACACCUGAGGGAACCCUGUUCAGGAUUUGAACUUGUGUUUUGUCUAUAAGAUUCAAGGGCGCUAUAUGCUGUGCCAUCAAGCUCUGCUCUUCUUUAUUUUUCCGGGUCCUUUUUCUCACUGGAUUCGCUCGUAGCCCGUAGGAGGCGCUCUCAAUGAUCAGUACGAAGAAGAGCGUACGAGAAGAACGAUGUUGUAACUAACGGCCAAAAUGGAAGAGCAAAGUGUUCACAGCAGUAUCAGUGAUAUAAAUAGUGAAGAGGCAGUUAGAAGCGAGCCUCUGAUUAUACCACGUAAGAAAAGGAUAUGCUUGAUUGGUGCAGCUGGUGAUGAUCCUGCACUUGGUGCUGCUGCUCAGCAGUUUAGCGUACCUGUUCUCAAAUCUGAAACUGGUUUAGAACAUGUAGAAGAUACAUCAUAUUGUACUUACUUUAUAUUAAAGAAGUUCGAGGGACCUGAAUAUGAUGCUCUUCAUAAAAGUGCACAUAGAAUAUUGGGACCAACAGCACUUCUGCAGUUGGCAGAAAAAAAGGACUCAUUACCUAGUAUUACUAGACCAAUGUAUACACAAGCCAUGGUAGGCACAGUAGUAGUGUUUACUGGAUUUAGGAAAAAGGAUGAAUUGACCAAGUUGAUUAAUAUGAUUCACAAUAUGGGUGGAAGUAUUAGGAAAGAAAUGGGUGCAAAGGUGACGCAUCUCAUUGCUAAUUGUUGUGGUGGAGAUAAGUAUAGAUAUGCCGUUACAUUUCGGGUCCCUAUUAUGUCUAUGGAGUGGGUGACAGCAUUAUGGAAUGCCAAAGACGAUAUUUCCAGUUAUGGAAAUAAUGAAGAACUGAUUACAACUUAUAAGCUAAAACCAUUUUUCGGUGCAAAAGUAUGUUUCUUUGGUUUUCCUGAUGAAGAGAAACGUCAUAUGUGUGAGGUUUUACAACAACAAGGAGGUGAAUCUACAGAAAUUGAUGAUCCAAAUUGCACACAUGUGGUAACAGAUUUAGGAAGUCAUCAGUACAAGAAAUCAAACAAUACUUUUGACACGCUGCCAUAUACUAAAAAUCCUAAUUGUAUUCCAUAUCCUUAUUUAAAAACAAAACCAUUUUCCUUCACUUUUUAUAAUCCAUACACUGAUACCAUUCCUAACACAAAACUGAUAAAUUCUUCACAUACUUUCCAUGUUAAUAAUACAAAUUUAACCAAAAAACUGAGUACGAGACACUUUUCACAUUGUUUCUGUUCUUAUGUUCCUCAACAUUUUGAACUUAAAGAAAAUAAGUGUGCUUAUUCUAUAUUAAAUGAUAUUAGUCAGGAUUCAGCAAUUUGUAUGGAUGAUAAUUUAUAUGAUUACCCAAGUUUGUCAGAUGAAUCUUUUAUGUCUGAGUUUUCUAUAGGACGAGCUGAUUCUGGUGUUAGUAUGUCUAAUGUAAUACAAACAAAUGACGUUAAUGCAUUACAAGAAAGCAAUUUCCCUGUUACAUCUACUAUGUUGGAUAUGCAUUCUAUGUCUUUAUCUUCAUCAUCUUCAUUUCUAUGUAAUGAUAAAAGAAUUAAGAACAAUAUGUUUAAUGCUUUUUCUAAUUAUAACACUGGUAAUAAAAAUGUGUGCACUCAACAAGGGUUAUAUAAUUUUAACUCUUCUACAUUAUGUAAAAAGAAGGUUACUCAACAUGUAAACAAGCAGUAUUCUACUAGAAAAACUAAUUUGUUACAGUUUUGUAAGAAUACACAGUGUGCACGAAAUUCCUUCUUUUUUAACAAAAAGAUUAUAUCUCCUAAACGGUAUAUCAAGUGGCGAAAAGCUAAAUCUUGUAUUACAAUUCAUAAAAUUUGUUCUCUGGAAAAAUUUAAAUUAAAAAGAAUGCAUUCUCAUCCUAAUUUAUUAAGACAACAUGAUUUAGAACUUAAUGAUUCUCUUUUGUAUGAUUCAUCUAUGCCAAUGACAAAAAACAAAGGUUUUUUGAGUACAUGUAAACUGAACUCUUCCAUUUUGUCAAAACUUAGUCAUUUAAAUUUUUCUCCAAUGCUUAAACAGUAUGUGGUUAUUAAUCCAUGCAAGCAAAUUCCAGAAAUUCAUCAACAGCAAAAAUAUACUCCUUUACCUAGUCCCCUGCCCAUUCCUGCUAAGGUAGCAAAAUUAUCAACUUCUGAAUAUGGCUCAAGAAGUUCUUUUGCAUCAGAUGAAAGUUAUUUAAAUAUGUCUUCUAAAAGUCACAUUCUGAAAGAUGAUCAUAUAAAAUUGGACAAACAGAAGGACAAACCAUUAUCUUUGGUUGUAGAUGAAUCAAACGUAAAUGCAUUACCAGAUUUAGCUUCUGUGAGAGCACAUAUCGUAAAAGCAGAGUGGUUUUGGACGUCUGUACAGAAUGAGGGUGCAGCUGACGAAAAGGAAUAUUUAUUUGAAGAUUAUUUGGAAUCCGUUCUAUCACCAACUGUAUCAGUUAGACGUGAUAGUCAACAAGCUGCUACUCCAAGUACAGCAUCUACAAGACGAAAACGUAAACGCUUAGCAGAAACUUUAUCUAGUCUGGUUCAAAAUGGUGCAGAUUCUCCAGCAUUGCAUAAGAGACGAUCCAGCAUCAGUGAUGCAGGACAUUUAAGUGUUAGUGGAAGCUUUCUUGAUUGUACAACGAGUCCAGACAAACCAUUACUUGAUGAUAUUCCAGAAGUGGAAGCUGUUAAUACAGACACCUCUAGGAAAAAUUUAUCUCCGCGUCAUCAAGUUUUCUUAGAAUUAGUACAAACAGAAUCUAAUUAUGUUGGUAUUCUCAGUACAAUUAUGACGCUGUUUAAAUCUCCACUAGAAGAUCUUAUAGAUACAACUGGCGAGUUAUUAAAUUGCACAGAAGCUAAAAUUAUAUUUGGCAAUUUUCCACCUAUUUAUGAAGUUCAUAAAAAAAUGUUGGAAGAACUGAGAUACAGCACUACUCAUUGGAUGGAGGACAAUAGUAUAGGUAAUAUAUUUCUGAAGUUCGCUCCCGACCUAGUCAAGGCGUAUCCACCGUAUGUCAACUUCUUCGAAAAUACAAAGGAAAUGCUCGAUCAAUGUGAUCAAAACAAACCACGAUUUCAUGCUUUUCUGAAGGUUUGUCAGACGAAACCUGAAUGUGGCAGACAAAGUUUAAAGGAACUGUUAAUUAAACCAGUACAAAGGUUACCCAGUAUUAGUUUGUUAUUAAACGAUAUCCUUAAACAUACAAAUAAAAAUAAUCCAGAUCAUAGCGCUUUGGAGUUAUCAAUUAGCAGUAUUAAAGAAGUUAUGACCUAUAUAAACGAGGAUAAAAGAAAAACUGAAGGUCAAUUGGUUAUGUUUGAUAUUUUUAACGAAAUUGACAACUGUCCACCGCAUUUAGUUUCUUCACACCGAUCAUUUAUUGGCAAAUGUGAUGUGAUGGAACUUGGCGAGGGUUUAAGUGGACGUGGGGAUCAUUUAGUUUUGUUUUUGUUUACCGAUACUCUCGAAAUAUGCAAGAAAAGGUCAAAGGCUUUUAAUUCGUUAAAAAGUCCUAAUACAGCAAAUGGAUUGCAUACAACUAAACUAAGUCAAGGAAAACCCUAUAAACAUAUUAAGAUGUUAUCACUUAGUACGAUAAAAAAGGUUGUUGAUAUUCGAGAAACGGAUGAAUGUCAUAAAGUGUUUGCUUUAAUGGUGAGAAGUAAUCAAGAGUUAAAGGAAAAAUUAUUUUCAUUUACAAUUACUGAUGAGGAAGUAAAUAAGACAAAUUAUUUACGAACCUUGUGUAGACAAAUGGCUAAUACAGUGUGUAAAGCUGAUGCGGAUACGUUCCUGAUAAGUCUUGAUUCGCAUCAACUUGAAAUUGAUACAAGCGAUGUAGCAUUAGGAACAUUAAGUAAAGCAUUUAAGAGCCUAUUUCAUAAUUUUUACCUGGAGUAUAUGGACCCGUAUGUGUUCCUACUCAAUAGCAUGUGUGAAACCACGUUACAUGUCCCACUACCGUUCGCAUCUCGUACUCGGAUGAAAGUUGGCAGGGCGUUUAGUUUUAAUAAAACUCCAAGCAAAUUAAAGAGAGCAAUGUCAACAAUGAUGUCACCAUUCGGAUCCACUAACAGCCUUACUCCGGCGAGUCAACAACUUGCACAGAUGCGGCUUGCUAGUUGCAACAAUAUUAACGAGCUGGGUAAUGGUGGUUCAGGCUCGCCAUCUAGAGAUGAUGUUCUAGUAGCACCUAUGUCGGUUCAGCCGACACGAAAGGCCAAAUGCAGUUCCCUCAGUAUGGCUUCGUUAAGAAGAAAUUGUUCAGAGGAAGUCAUGCAGGACAAAUCCGAUCUUUGAAGUGCAGGGCAUGAGUAGUGUGCAACAAUACCAUACUUUUUUCUUUGGGAUCAGUAAAAUGUUUAUGUGAAAAUAUAAAGUAUAUGAAUAUCGUUGCAAAGAUAUAUCUUUGCAAUAUGAUUUAAGUAUUAAUCUUCAAAAUUCAGAAAAUAGUAAAAUGUUCGUACAAAGGGUAAAUGCGGAGGAGCACAUUUAUAAACUUCAGCAAAUGAAUACAAAAUUUGUCAUGUGCCAAUAGAAAAACCAUAAGGAAUUUUACAAAAAAGGAAUUGUACAUUGCCAAUUAUUCUUUAAGCAAUUUUAUAACCAUAUAUUAACGAUAUAUGUUACCUAAUACCAUAUUAAUCGUUAACUUUAAUCUAUCAUACUUGCAUAAUUAAAACUCUUGUCUUAGAAGGACAAACGAAAUUAAGAUAAAGUAAGGGAAAAACAUUUAUAUUUUCAGUGGUAUAUAACACAAAUUUUAUUAUUAUAUACAUUUUAUUAGAAUUGAAAGUACGAAUAUCAAUUUUGUGCCAUUUAAUCUUGUUCUGUAAAAUGUACUCAGACCUUAUUGCAGUGCCUGAAGAUAUGUCGUUUUUAAAAUUGAAGAUAAUUCGUCAUUUUUAAAAUUAAAGAAAUGUAAUGCUAAUCUAUUAAAUUAAUAUUAAUGAUACAUUUUUUUUGUUCAACUGCCAUGUCUUGUAUCAUUGCAGUUUUAAACUAUGAAUAUGAAUUGUAUAACUACGGCUAUACUGUCUUUAGUUUAUUGUGUUUGCUCUUAUCCAAUUUAAAUCUUUCUGAUUGCAGUUUCUUUAAACGAUUCAUAAUGUCGAAAUUGAAUAAAACUGUACAUGAUAUAAUAUCACUGGAAAUGUAGAAGCUCGAAUUUAGAAUAACAGUACAGUAUAAUGUUUUUUUCUUUUUCUUUCUAAGAAUAUAAUUGUAUUAUAAUAAACUCAAAAGAUGUGGUAAAAGAAAAGUAAGAAACGUAUAUCAAUAUAUAUAUAUAUAUAUAUAUAUAUAUAUAUAUAUAUAUAUAUAUAUAUAUAUAUUGAUAUAUUUUUUUUAAAACAACAGACUUUAGAUUAUACAUAUGUUUAUAAAAAGCCAUAGUUUAUUAGGAUUAAAUUAUUACAGACCUGUCCACCGAUAAGACGCUUAAUGCUAUGAGUUUCCCUCAUUCGUAGUAAAGUUAAAGAUUGUUUACUAGCUUUGAAGUGAAGGGAAUGAUGUAAAAUUUAAAAUUCGUUAAAAGCAUUGAUAUUGGUCACGUGCUUUUCACAUACCAGCGUUUCUUAAUAUAAAGCUACGGCCAUCAUCGUAGUUUUAUAAUGAAAUUAUGGAAUAGGAAAAGUGUUUUGAUACAUGUAUCGGACCGCGGGCAGGUCUGCAUUACUAUUACUUUUUUUUAUCAAUUUACGCUUAUUGUAGUUACUGACUUUAUCAAAUUUAUAUUACGAUGUAUAGUUGGUUACUUAGGUUGCAAAAUAUGCUAUUGUUUGAACUAUAUAAAUAUUUAUAUUCUUAUCAAAUAUAAAGUAUUACGUUAAUUGAUCGUAGAUGUGAAGUAUUUGUAUAAUGGAUUAUACAUAUUUUCAAGUAUAACAACUUUCUAUUGUGAUCUGUAUCAUAAAGCUUUUAAAAAAAAUUUCGUUUUCAAAUAUCAUAGACAUCAUAUAAAGACAGAGUACUGGUUCAAACAUGAAAAUCACGAUCUUUUAUGUUGCAAUCUUUUAAGUGUACAAUGGUUGUUUUUAAGAAACAUAUUGUAAUAUUAUACUUAGGAAUGUGAUCUAUUCGUAUUAUACAAAAAAUAUUUAUAAAUAUUCCAACUGUGCGAGUAGUUUAUGAAAUGAAUAUCGUAAGAUUUGGAAGACAUUUACUUUAGUAGGUGAAGAAAGAACAAAUUAAUCUUGUCUCAAGUAGAUAUUUCUUCAAUUACGGAAGGUUUCAAAGGUUCUUUUCGUUUGAUUAGUUAUUCAGUUACAAAUAAAGGUUGUGGAUAAAGUUUCUUUUCGUUCAUACAAUGUGUUUAUCACUUUGUAAUGGAAUUUAGAUUGAAAUUUUGGUAAUGAAAAGCUUAUAAAAAUGAUUAUUUUUGAUAUACGAAAAUAAACAUAGAUGAGAUACAAAACUAUUUUUGCACAAAAAUUAUUGUCAAUAAAUAAAUAUAAUGUAACAAUAUCAUAAUUACGAACAUAAAAAUAUGUUUGUAUCACUUGCUACGGAAUCGAAAAUCGAUAUUGUAAUGAAGUAUGAGCGUCAAUUGUAUCUAGUGCCUUAACCAAUAUAACAACGAAUUGUAUUCCCUGCAAUUUUUCUUCUAUCAAUUUUUCAACUAUCAUCAGCAGUAUUUCCUUAUUGUCUUCAAUGCUCUGGCGAAAAAGGGAAUAAUUUAUCAACGAUCAAAGAAUAAAUUAAUCAACGAAAUCUACUAAAUUAAAAGUGAUAAAUUGCAAGGAAAGUAGAAAAAAGUCUGUUAGUUCUUUACAAGGACUUGUUUAAUAAACUUCUUGCCAUAUUAAUUCUUGCGCAUAAUGUCUACUCGAAUAACGUGCCUUUGCGUAGAAAUGAUCGUUAAAUACAGAUCUCUCGGUGUCAAGCGAGGAAAAAUUCAUUGAUGAUAUUUUUGUAUUUGAUGGUGUUGCAUUCGUGAGUACGUUCACCUGAAUAAUUAUGGAUGCUCUGGUAGCACUUCGUACUUCGAUUCUUAAUUUAUAUUAUAUUCUUAGGAUUUCAGUGUCAUCUAUUGCUUCUCAUAACAUAGUACAUGGAUAAACAGAAGAAAAAAUAUGAAAUUAAUUAAAAUAAUGUACUGCUAUGUAAAGGUAAUCAUGGAAAAUUUUGUAGAAGAAAGAUUAGACAGUCUUUUCUAUUGGCGAACAUUAUAUAAAGUUUUUAAUGAUAUAAAGACUCAUUUUUCGUGAUUUUAACAUCAAUUUAUUAGUUUAAAUAAUAACUAUUAAUAACUAGUAAAUAUUGUCAUAACUAUCCAUGGACCGUGUUACACAUUCUAAUCUUUUAUAAAUUGUCGGCAUGUCUGAUAAAAGUCUUGAUAUUCUGAAUAUCUUGACAUUUUAUGGUUGUCAAAUGAUUCCACGAAUCAUUUUGGAGCUAUUAAGCGUUUUUCUCGAUAAAAAUGAGAGAAAUUCCGCUCGCUUCGGAGCAUUGUAAAUAUUAACGAUAAGUAUCGUGUAAGUGUAGUAUAGUGCAGAUGAUGUUUUUUACUACACGCGUAAGAAUAUUGUAAUACUUGUAAUGUUGCGUAUAGUCGUCACUAUUUAUAUGAUACUGUAAUUGAUUGUAUAAAUUUACUCUUUAUUAUGUAAAUCGAAAAUUAAAGCGUUUGCUUUCCUUCCUUUC